AUGCUUUCUUCCGCAUUCACUCUACCUCUGGCCAUUGGCCUCCUCUCAUCCGCCGUGGCCGCUGGAAGAUCUCCCCGCAUGCUGCAAGCUCGUGAUGGGCCUUCGCCAGACCUGCCUUAUGCUCCCGACACGUCGACCUACUGCACUUGGUGGGUGGAUGUUAGAGCAGGGACCACCUGCGACGCCAUUGUCAGCGAGAACUUCAUCACCCUGGAGCAAUUUCAGCGUUGGAAUCCUUCGCUCGCCGCCACCUGUGCCGUAGAGAUCGGAAAGUCGUAUUGCGUCGAGGCCUUUGGCGAGCCUGCGCCGAGUCCCUCUACGACGUCUGUUCCCACGUCGACCACUUUGUCGACCAGGACUUCCACUCCCACUUCAGUCACUUCAACUCAGCCCCCAACUACCACCAUUAAGCCGUCGUCAUCGACGACGACGACGACGACGGCGACAACCCCAGGAAACGGCAUCACUACCCCAGCACCCACCCAAGCUACCAUUGUGGACAACUGUGAUGCCUUCUACUUCGUUGUUGCAGGCGAUAGUUGCGACGCUAUUUCAGCCAAGCACGGCAUCACCGUGGCCCAGUUCCAGCGCUGGAAUCCCAGCGUUGGCGCGAUCUGCACCGGACUCUGGGCCAAUGCCUAUGCUUGCGUCUCGAUUAUUGGCCAUACGCCAUCGCCCACCACUGCCGGCAACGGUAUCUCCACUCCCACCCCGACCCAGGCCACGAUCGUGAACAACUGCGACGCCUUCUACUUGGUCGUCGCUAGCGAUAGUUGA